AUGCAGAUCGAUCCGGCGGCCCUGAGUCGCACCGACUCAUCCAAUCAGGCCAAGAGUGCGGCGUCCAACCCUUCGACGACGGUCAAGUCGUCACGGACUCUCCCUUCAGUGCCGCGCCUGGACCUGGAACAGACCUAUACCGAGCUGAAGACCGCUAUCGGAGACAAAUGGGCCGAGUACAAGGAGUCCACUGCGUUCUUUCUACUAGGACACUACAACCAAAAUGAAUACGCGUCGCGAGUCGAUCACUUCCUAUGCGCCGACACGAAAACCGAACAUCUACAUAAUAACUUUAUUUGCGCGAUCAUCGCAAACCUCACUCGCGACCUCCCCGACCAUGGCGUCGCAACCUGGGUCUCGGCGAACGAUAAGCCGUCCAUGGUCUCCAAGCCCAUCUCCGGAGACGCUGCCGAACAGAGAUUGAAGACGGAGGUUAUGCAAUUACCUCCAAGGGAUCGCCGGAGAAUCAAGGCUCUUCCAGAGCGAGAUACCCACGAUGCGAUUCCCAAUGAAUUGGAGGUGUAUCAUCAGGCUAAACAGAUUAAACUCCCCAGUCAAGUCCCGGCGAGCGCGGGUGGAUUGAACAAGACAAAUUGGGAAUUGGAAAUUCGAAAACGAUAUGCGCAGCCUCUCGCCGCAGACACCGGGGAAUUUCCCGAUGCCGAAUCUAUUUACGCUCGGAUGGUCCCCAUGUGUUACGAAGAAUCACUACCUGGUGGCGCUAGCUUGCCGUGCGCGGAGUUCAUGACUAUCGCCACUGAAACGUUCGUUAAAGAUGUUCUGUCCGCGAUGUUUUCGCGCACGCGCUCCAACGGCCCCUCGGGUACCAUCAACGGCAUGAUGAUGCGCAAGUACCGCGAGCAAUUGGAGCGUGAAGAGCUGGCAUUCACUCGAGGCGAAAUCGUGAAAGAUACCGCCACUGGACUGCUUCCCGUCGAGGCCAAAGAGGCUGCGACUCGUCGGGCUCUUGGUGUCAGGGAUCUUCGGCUGACGCUGGAGCUGGGCCGUGGCGUCCUGGGUCACAUGCCACUAAUCAUUGACCAAAUUAUGGGCGGAUAUUUCGAAGACGAGCUUGAGACCGAGAAACAGGAUCGGUUGGAGAAUGGAGUGAGCGGGGCUCCAGAGACCAAGGCCGAGAAUAAUGAUGCCGACGAGAUGGAUGUGGAUGACGAUGAUGAUGCUGCCUUUUCAGAUUGGGAAGGAGGCACGGCUCUUGAUCGUGAGCAGCUGAACGGCUUGCUCGAUGAUUGUCUGUCGAUGGCUGCUUGA